GACGCAUUAUCAAAUCGUUUGGAUAAACUCUGUCUGGAACAUGAAGCAGAAAGUUUGAAGCAGCAUCGACGUUUGCGAAAACUCUUCCAACGUGCAUUUGAGUGUCUGAAACAAUUUCGUCAAGAUGCCGAAACAUUUUUGAAUAAUUCACAACAACAACAGUCAGCGAUGGCCACAAUGGUUAGUUGA